UCUCAGUUUCCCAAUAAAUUCAUUUUUGAAUAUUAGGUUUGAAUUAGAAGUUUGAAUUUUUAUUUUACACUUUAGGAGUUUGUUAGAUAUAUUAAAUCUUUUAUCCUUUAUAUUUGCAAGUUUGCUCUGUUCUAUUUUUAUUUUUUUUGUUAUUUUCAAGAGUCAAAAUACUAUAGUCUAAACAUGGGAAAUGAGAAUCCAUUUUGUGGAGCAAAUGGUUCUCAAGAAGGUUCAAAUUAUGAUGAAAUCUUCAUGCAGCAUAGCUUGCAAUUUUCUGAUAGUUUAAAGGACUUGAAGAAUUUAAGGAAACAGUUGUAUUCUGCUGCUGAAUACUUUGAGUCAUCUUAUGGAGAAAAUGAACACAAAACAUUAGUGAUAGAGACUUUGAAAGAUUAUGUGAGUAAAGCUCUAGUUAGUAGUGUGGAUCAUUUGGGCUCUGUGGCUUGUAAAUUAAAUACUUUCUUGGAUGAAAAAGUUGAUGAGUUUUCUACAACCAAGCUUCGAUUUUCGUGCAUGGAACAGAAAUUGCAAACAUGCCAAGAAAUUGUUGAUCGAAGUGGCCUUUUGCAACAAUCUUUGAUAAUUGUGACUCCAAAGCAACAUAAGCGUUACAUAAAUACAGCUGCAGAGACACAACCUGCAGUUCCAAAACCCAGACAAAGAAAUAAGGAACAAAACUUGUGUCCUCAAGAGGACUUGCAGCUACCUAAUCAUGGUGAUUGUUUUCCUCAUCCUUUUCAAGCUCUACCAUUAAAGCCUCAUCCAUCUAAACCAAAGUACAUGAAAAACCAUUCCAAGAUUUCAUGGACAGAUGCUUCUCCAAAUCCUCUUAACUUCUCAUUUACAAGGGGUCCAUCCAACAAAGAAAUUGGGAAAAGAUCAAUUUCACCACUUAGAUUUGGUCUCAAGCGUUCUGGAUCUGUUAAUAGAUCAGUUUCUCCUCUCAUUCGUUUUGGAUCAGCUGUAACCAGAUCAAUUUCACCCAGCACUUCCAGUAUUAAACAGAGGUGUCCAUCUGAGCCACGGAGAGCGAUGUCAAUGUCCAUAAAUCCUGAAAGAAACAGUGCAAAGGAUAUGCAAGAAUACGCCAGAAAGAGUAAGAAUUUACUUACAGCAUUUCUUGGUCGUCAUGGUCAUGGGCAGGGAUCAAGAAAGGCAGGCAUACCUUCAAAAUACCACGACGAUAGAUGAUGAAACCAGUAAAUAGAGAUAUCGUCAAGUUUAUUCGAGCAAAAAAGGCAGUGAUUGAUGGUAUCGACUUCAUACAAAAAGUAGAACAGGUUACAAGUAUAUGGGAACCUGGCUUACUGCAUGAGCCAAAGAUAUGAAAAUGCAGGGCAGAAAAAAGUUCAAAAACUCUGUAAAAUGUAAAACUACUAUCUGUUAUUGAAAGUUAAUUGCCUUUCAUCUUG